AUGUUUGCAGAUGCUGUUGAGAAUGGAUUGGCCGAUAUUUCUCUUUCCUGUCCUUCAGAACCUGCCUCUUCUCUUGGAGAGGGUGCAAGGGUCGACGGCUGCAGCUCUGAGGGGAUUCAUGAGAGGGGGAGUGAGUUGCUGCUGUCUGCGCUGGAGCGCCUAGAGGGAGUGCAUCUGCUGCCUUGUCACAUCAAAUACACCGGUUUCGCUUCCGUUGCUGAGCGAUUCCAACCAAGAAAAGUGCGCCCGCCUGCUGCAGCAGGCGUGUCUGCAGAGGAAGGAGAAGCAGCAGAAGAAGCAGCAGCAGAAACAGCAGAAGGAGAAACAGCAGCAGGAGAAGCAGCAGAAGGAGGAGAUGCAGCAGGACUGGAGGUACUGCUGCAUGGGCGUUGGCUGAAAGGGAAGGAGGAGCGCCUGGCCCCAGCAGACUCCUCUGCUGCCUCUGGCGCUCUUCAGGGUUUUGUUAUGGCUACACAGGAGACGACCUGCUGCUUGGGGGAGCUGCGCAAGUCCUUCACUGCUGCUUCUGCUGCUGCUGCUGCUGUUGCAGCUUCAACUCCCGAUCAAGACUGCGUGGUCACUGAAGAGAUCCCCAGUACAGUCACCGCACUGCGCCCUCUGGCGGAAUUCAACAAACUGUGCUACUGGCAGCAAGACCGCGAGCCUACGAGUGCUGAUGAUAUCCCUCAGAGCCUUUUCUUUUUGCGAGCUAUGGCCGCCCUGCACGACUACGAAGAGGAACUGAAGGAGUGA